GCCUAGUCUAGAUAGAUUAUUGAAAGGGACAGUGGCACUCUAGAGUACCAAAACUGGUCAAUAAAUGAAGAUAACAUAGACCAAAACUCAAUAAAUAAAUUCUCUUCUCUUUAAGCAUCCCUUUAGAUUAGUGAUGGCAAUGGCAAAAGUAAAUGUGGGUAGUUGGAUGAUGGUGGUGAUGGUGAUGGUGAUGGUGAGCAUGGUGGAAGGAGGGAGUUGGUGCGUGGCGAAGAUUGGGGCGAACGAGGAAGCACUGCAGACAGCACUGGACUCUGCUUGCGGAGGCGGUGGAGCUGAUUGCGCUCCCAUUCAGCCCGAUGGUCUCUGUUACAUUCCCAACACCCUUCAAGCUCACGCUUCUUAUGCCUUCAACACCUUCUACCAGCGUAAUGCCAGAGCUCCCGACGCAUGCCUCUUCUCCGGAACAUCCACCAUCGCUCAAACCGAUCCCAGCUAUGGAUCUUGCAUCUACCCUUCCUUCGCAGCCUCACCAACAAGAACUGUUGGAGUAACAAAUACAACAGUAACAACACCACCUACCAGUACCAUAACAAGUCCAAUCCAUGGAGGAGAUGGUGCAGCAUCAGCAUCAGGAAUGAACCCUCUAAUCCCUGAAAAUUCUGGAGCACCUUCAAAGACAAUGGCCACCUCCUCAUUUUUUGUUUUCCUUCUCAUUCUGCUCCUUAUCCCUUAGGCAGACUUUUCUACCUGAGUUAUGUAAUGGAAGUCAUAUCCUCCUCUGAAGUGGGAGGUAUAGAGCAAGAAUUGUUCGGAGACCUUUCUAUUUAAGUCAGUAGCUCAGUUUCGUUGUUCUCUUCGCAUACUUGUUUGUUUAGACCUGCUUCCUUACAAUGAAUUUCUUCCGUAUCACUUUUUUCUCUA